AUGUGUUCGUCUUUCAAUUUUCCUCGUCCAACUACUACUGCGGAUGAUCUCGAGAACCUUCACGAGUUUCAUGGGGUCGAUCGUUCCGUUGUUCUUGAUUUGGCCAGAACGGGUGAGACCCCUGAAACCGUGAGAGAGGGCUACUAUGGAGCCUAUCUUUCCUUUUUCCAUUCUUGCGGUCUUAUCUUCCCGAUUCCGGAGCCGAUACUUGAGAUUUUGGCGGAGCUUGGGUUAUCCCUCUCUCAGCUUCUCCCAAAUUUCCUUAGGCAUCUUGUUGCGUUUCUGGUUAAGGCUAGGGAGGAGGGUCUCGCUUUUGGUCUUAGCGAGUUUCGUCAGUUCGUUCUGGUGAAACAGAACAAUCAGACUCCUGGGACUUUCCUUGUUUCUCCGCGUCCAGGUCGCCACAUCAUAGAAUAUAUUCCUUAUCGAGACGAGAAGUGGCGCGAACAGUUCUUCGUUUUCCGGAUGGAUCGAGCAUCUAUGGGUGACUUCGAUUUCUCCUGGCUCUCUUGGCGUUGGGCUGAGAAUAUCGCUCGUUCGUCGUUCCAAACUUCCGAGUCUGCGUCGAGGAGUCGAGCUUCAGGGAAGUCCCCUUUAAUCUCGAGCCAUGAUUCUGACGAUGACGAUGUUCUAAAAGAAAGUCAGCCUCCUGCUUUGUUGAGUCCUGGUUUGGAUGAGGAGACUGUGGUGAUGACUCGUAAACGGCGUCAAUCAUCGGAGGAGUCUUUGCCCGGUCCAUCUCGUCCUAGGUUUAUCUCUGGGGGAGAUGGUUCUUCAUUUGCGGUUCAGAGUGAUCUGAUUUCCCUCGCUGGUCGUAUGAGGUCCGCGGGUUGCCGUCUUCCGUCUCUCACUUCGUCAGUUGAGAAGGAGGCCUACCCCAAGGUUGCUGUGGCGAGCUCUAAGGUUAUGGAAGCUUUUAAUGAAUAUGUCGUGAUGACAGAGGAUCAUGUCGCGGCUUCCAGGAAUGACAGGGAAAUCGAAAGCAUUGGCUCUGAGAUCAAGAGGCUUUCGGAAGAGCUUGAAGCCACCAAGCGAGAAGGGAAGAAGGAUGCUGAGAAGGUCGAAGCUUUGACUGAAGACUGGAAGAGAGUUCAUCUGGCAAAUAAGGUUCUUGAAUCUCGGAUGGUCGCUAAACGGGCAAGAAUUGCGGCGUUCAAAGUUGAGAGGGAUCGGGAUUUUCGCCGAGCUUCCCGGAAUGCUCGUCGCGACACUGCGGCCAAGUGGGCGAGCAAGAAGAAUGAAAUAUCUGCUGAGAUUCAGCUACAGGAGGUGGUCGCGAAUAUCGAUCUCUUGACCGAGCUCAAGGAUGGAGGCUUGAUUGUGGAUGCGAAACUUGCUCGUUCAAAGGAAAUGGAAAGAGAUUGCGCAGAUCUUCUCGCAUCGGCUGCUGUGCCCGAUGAUUCUGUUUCUAAAAUCAUGACUUCGAGAAGAUCUAAGUCUCGUGAUUCUGACAGGGUGCGAACUCGAACUGGUGUUGCCAAUGCGGAACACAUUCGAUCCGGAGACGUGAGCGACGCUCUUACAGAGGUUCUGCGUGAGGAGACUCGACUUCCGCGGUCCUCGUUCCAAGGGACCAAAGAUCCCGAAGGUAAGGCAUCUGUUACUCCUGUUAAGUCGAGCAGCCCAACGGGUUCGGAGGGGCGUGAUCGUCCUCCAACGAAAGCUAAGACGAAUGGUUCGGAUCGUCGUCUUGUUGUCCCGACUGAUACGGUUGUUGCCAAGCCGUUUCAUUGGCAGUUUUCGCAUUCCAAGGACUGCCCCAUUAUUGAGGAUCUAGACAGUGUUGCUCAUUUGGUGAGGCAUUUCAAGCCCGCCGGAUGUCCGCUUUCUUCUCUGCGUAAUAUGACGGAGCGUGAAGCCUAUGCUAUGGAAGCUAACAAUGAGUUCGCGGCGACUUUAGAAAAACGCCUACAGGACAUUCUGCGUUCUGACGAACUUAACGAAAUAAAGAAGGUUGUUCGUGAGCUGAAGUUCAGUCUUUAG